CAACAGAGCCCACACUUGUAAACAGUAACAAAAGAUGGUACAGCACCAUAAGCAGACGCAUUCGCGGCGAUACCCUUGGGCAGUGCUUCUUACCGGGGUCCUACUCGGAGCCACCCUCACGCUGGUAGUGACGCAGCUCUUAGCCGCCCGGCGCAUUGCCGGUUCACACCCGCUGCACUUGUUUGGAAGGCGUGCGCUACAUCGCGUGGUGCCUCACACCGAGUACCGAGCAGCCCUACCGGAGCUGCUAGACCACGUGGAACCGCACUUUGUUGUCUUCACGAGCGGGCUGGACGAGUCGGGGCGGCCCUGGUGCCGGGACUGUGCGGCGGCCCUGCCUAUCAUCAGGGAGGUGGUGCUGGGGUCGGGCGGCUCGCUGCUUGAGGUGUCAGUGGGGCGACGGGAGGAGUGGAGCAACCGGCAGCACCCCCUCAGGGUGGACCCCGGGUGCCCGGUCACCUUCGUGCCCACGCUCUACUCCUGGAGCGCUGCUGCGGGCUGCGGCUCCUGGCUGGCCAACCCGCUCAACAGCGACCAACCGCCCGAGGCGCUGCGGCUGCUGCUGGCGAGGUUCGUGCAGCAGACGGCGGCGGGCAAGCGCUACGUGGACAGAGUCACCCGGGAAAUCAUCGAGUCGGGCGGCAAGGGCUGCGGGGGCUGCUAGCAGGAUACCAGGGAUGCAUCCCCGACGGGAUGGGGGACUUGAAGGGGCAUGCGGUUACAGUUACAGUCUGUACGCGUGUACAGGGUGUCCGUACGAGCCAGGGGGGCCAAGGACACUUAAAUGCGUGGGCUCAAGGCAUGCGCGAGUAAAGCGGGUGCAGUACGCAAGUUGAGUUAUCGUGAUCGUGUGUGUUUGCGUCUCCCGGUGAUCCCAUUAAGUGACUCAGGUUAAGCCAAACGAGCCAAGGACGUACGGGAACAGGGUUGCUUGCGUGCAUGUAUGCAUGAUAUUGGGAUGCUCAGGGCACGCAUGGGCGCCUUUCAUUAAUAG